AUGUCGUUAUCCUCAAUUGGAAAUGUAAUUAACAAAGUCGAGGGCACCAAUGAGGUGAAAACUGCAGUAGAAUUUGGAAGAGCAUUGUUAUUCGAAGCCCUCGAUGCUCUCGACGGCGAAAAAACAAUUGUGUGGGAUCGGGACAGACAAGUCAUGCAUAGGGUUAAUCUCUUCGCUGGGCCUUCGCUUUUAGCAGCCCACGGUGUCGUCGCCAACCACGAGAUUGAAACAAAGCGAGCCGCGUCGACUCAGCAUGUCGUCUUCUUCAUUUCAGCCACCAUGCCCUCUUUAGAUCUUCUAUGUUCUUAUAUUGAUGAUGUUGCAAAUGAUCCGAAAACGCUCUACCAUGUGUUUUUCAUUCCUGAAGCUUGGUAUGUGAUACGAGAAGAACUUAAAAUGAGGAACGGCGGAAAAUAUUUGGAAAAACUCGAAGCAGUCAAAGAAAUCCCGCUGUAUUGGCUUCCGAGGGAUGGGGAGUGUCUUUCACUUUCGCAACCGCAAAUUCCAUCAAAAUUGCUAUUAAACUGUAAUUGGACAUAUUUGCACAAGUGCGCCGUUACGUUAAGCCAAUUAAUAAGCAUGAGUCGUCAAUGUUGCGAUCCCCUCAAUAACCCAGAGAUUCCAUUGUAUUAUCAAGGAAAAUGGUCGAAAGAUGUGUCCGGAAUGCUGCUAAGGCUUAAAAACACUCAGGAGACAAGUGCAAAAUCUCCUCUCAUUUUCGAUUCCCACAUGAAUAUCAAUCGAAUUGUUUUGAUUGAUCGCUGGAUUGAUCCACUCACGCCGAUGCUCACUCAGCUCACAUAUUCGGGAAUAAUCGAUGAGCUAUAUAGGAUUGGCCCCAUCAAUUCGGUAAAAGUACCACUUGAGGAGUUCGAAGAAAAACAAUCAGACAAUCCAUUUGCAAUGAAGGAUAUUUAUCUAACAGACGAGAUCUACCAUCGACUCAAACAUUCGCAUAUAAACGCAUUUGGUCAAGAAGCUGCCAAAAUUUUAACAGAUCUUCGAAAUGAUGAACAGUUUGAUCGCGAAAAAAUGUCGGUAGCUGAAUAUGCGGUUCUUGUCAAGAAGAUGCCAAGAAUCUUGAAAAGGAAACAGUUGACAUCAACGCAUAUGAGAUUAGCUGAAAUGUCGAGAAUGCAAUUGUAUUGCAGAUUAUCCGAUGAUGUCAAAGUUGAAAAAUUGCUACUAGAAUCGUCGGAUGGCGAUCGUAUUCUCCCAUAUAUCGAGGAACUCAUCUACGACGCAGCUCCAUUGCUCCGCGUUCUUAGAUUGAUAUCUGUUCAUUCGCUGACAUCCGGUGGAUUUAAAUCGUCUGUUCUACAGCAAUAUCGCCGAAUUGUAAACCAGAGCUAUGGUUCGGCAGCGCUCAAUAAGAUGCUCAAAAUGCAGAAAAUGGGUUUGAUUCGCGAGAAAGGCGGGUCUGGAAAAAUGGCGUGCGAAUAUGGACACGUUCUCUACCAACAAAUGAAGAAACAAUACGAUUUGUUGAACCCGAAUAUUAUUGAAUCGAAAAUGGACGAUUUGGCAUAUGCAUACAGCGGAUAUGCACCACUCCUCGCCAAAAUUCUCGAGGAAGGCGAUAAACUGCGUUGGGUGAACUGGCAAAAUAUAUCAAUUGGUGGAAAUGGAACAGAAAAAAAGAAUGUCGACGAUAUUGCUGAAGCCGAUCCACGCGGAACUUGCCUUUUUGUGAUUGGCGGAAUCACGCGUGCCGAGAUUGCAGUGAUACGAGAGACGAUUCCAAGCAUUUCGCUCAUCGCCACGACUUCGGUUAUAACCGGCGAUGUACUUCUUGAAAACAUUACAAAUAUUUAA